AUGAGACGCCUGGUGCUGGAUGACAGGCCCUGGAAGGCCACAGAGUCCUGGGCCCCUGGGGACAUACUCCCCUCUCCAGCCUCCAAGACACAGGCCCAGGGCUCAGAGCCAACCGCCAAGAGGGCUGGCCCACCUCCUAGGAGGGGCCGCAGGGCUCGCAGAAACAGAGCUAGAGGCAACAGGUGGGCCCCGAGGGGCCAGAGCACCGAGGGACGGGAGCAGCCGCCCACAUCUGCCAGGCGAGAGUCGGAGGCCUCCUCCAAGGGCAGCCUGAGCAUCGUGCUCGAGGAGCUGGACCAGGACGACCUGAGCGCGGACGAGGCGCUGAGCGCGCUGUCCACCACGCUGCACCAGGCCGCCAGGGAGCUCAGAACGAAGGAGUGGGCCCUGCAGGGCCGCACCCACGCACGAGAGGGGACCCACGAGUUCUUGGCCCUGGUGACGCGGCGGCAGAGCGAAGCCCGGAGCCGCGUCCCCGACUUAGUGGCCCUGCUUGCUGUGCGAGACGCGGGCGACGAGGAGCCCGUCGACGGCGAUGCUCCCGAAGGCGAGUCGCAGCCGAACGGGGAGCCGGGAGACGAGGAGCUGGACCACCCCGAGUUUGUGGCCAUUGUGGCCUCUACGGACCCGUCGGACCCCUCGGCCCGCGAGGAGCUGCUGAAGAUCGCUUCCGUGAUCGCGUCCCUGGGCUGGAGACCCCGCACAGACCCAACCGAUACCCUGGGCGAGGUCCUGUCCGUCCUGUGCCAGGACACUGGGGGAGCCCGCGUGCAGGUGCAGGAUGCCGGCCGCCGGGUGGACGGCCUGGUGCUGCGGAAGGCCACGGGCGGCGGGAGCCUGCGGGAGUGCGUGUGCGCCCUGGCCGCGCCCGACCCCCCGCCGCCGGGCAGGAGGGCGCCGUGAGGCCUCCUGGCGGGCUGGGCCGGGCGGGGCGGGGAGCUCGUGGCGCUGCUGGCCGCGCGGGACACGGCGGGGGUGACGCCGGAGGCCGGGGACAGCGGCCGGGAGGGCGGGCGGGGCGGGCGCGCCGGAGGCCAGCUGGGCGAGGUGCUGGAGCUGCUGGCUGCCGGGGAGGGCGCGGCGGCGGAGGCGGCGGCGAGCGGAGAGUCGGGACCCGAGCGCCGGGCGACCGGGAAGGCGCGGACCAAGCGGGCGCGCACAGCCUCCGGGACCCUGGGCGAGAUGGCGGCUGCCCCGGGCCCGUCGGGCUCCCGCAGACGCCAAUGGGGAGGCGGAGGCCGCGGCGGGCGGGCGGUCACUCCCGAGACGCGCGCGGGGGACCGGGCGGCGGCGCAAGGGAAAAAGAAGGGGCGCGCGGGCGCGGAGGCCCAGGUGCAGGCCGGCGAGGUCGGGGCUCAGCCGGCCCCCGGCUCCGAGUCAGCCCGCGGGAGGAAGGCUCAUCGCGGCGGGAGGCAGCUCCUCAAGUGCCGCUAG